CACAGCAGUCACUGACACCUUCUCCUGUCUUCAACCCACUUGGCACUCAUCCAGCCAUGAUCGGAUACGCUGCAGUGUUCGGACUUUUGACAGCCCUCUGCGUUUAUGCGCAGGACAGCCGCGUCACCAUCUCGCUGUCACCGGAGUCGGCGUUGAUCGGCCUGAAUACGACAACAGUGAGGGGGAUCCCCUACUACAGCUUCCGCGGGAUUCCUUACGCAGUUCCUCCCGUGGGGCAGCUACGAUACAAGGACCCGGUGCCGUACACGUGGAACGGCAGCGUGGAGGCGGUGGCUGACGCGCCGAUGUGUUCGCAGGCGAGCGGCGGUCAAGAGGACUGCCUCUACCUCAACGUCUACUCGCGGCAGAUUCCUCAGCUUGACGGAUCCACUGGAGGCGCUGCCGUGAUGGUGUACAUCCAUGGAGGCUCGCUGACAAGUGGCUCUGGUGCUUCCAGCUCGUUAGGUCCGGACUUCUUCCUGGAGGUUGAUGACAUCGUAUUCGUCACCAUGAACUACAGGCUCGGUGCCCUUGGAUUCCUGAGCACGGAAGACGACGUCAUCAGGGGCAACUACGGCUUCAAGGACCAGAACCUGGCCCUGCGCUGGGUGCGGAGCAACAUCGCCGUCUUCGGGGGAGACGCCGGCAGGGUGACGCUGUUCGGGGAGAGCGCGGGCAGCGUCUCCACCUCCUACCACCUGCUGUCGCCGCUCUCUGCAGGUCUGUUCCAGCAGGCCAUCAUGCAGUCGGGCAGCGCGCUCAGCCCCCGCGGCAUGGCGUUCACGGCCCGUGACCGCGCCUUCCGGCUGGCGCGCUCCCUCGGCUACCAGGGCGGCGACGACUCGGCGGAGCUGCUGGACUUCCUGGCCGCCGCCGACGCGGCAGACCUCGUCAGCGACGACUCCCGCGCCCUCUCCGACCAGGACAAGCUCCGCUUCGAGACGUUCGUGUUCCUGCCUGUGGUGGAGCAGCCGUACGAGGGCGCCUUCCUCAACGAGACGCCGUACACCAUCCUGGCAGAGGCGCGUGCCAACCGGGUGCCGCUCGUCGCUGGCGACACCUCCGCCGAGUGUCUGCUCACUGUGCUAGGUAAGAACAUUUUCGGAAGCAACGAGUCGAUGGCAGCUUUCGACGCCGGCUUCGUCGACUCCAUCAGCCUCGACAUCCGUGUGGGCGAUGAACAGUACCGCCGGGAGGCCGCCCAGAAGAUACGCAGCUUCUACUUCGGCGACGAACCCAUCGAUAGCGAGGACUUCUACCCCCUCGUGGCGCUAAUCAGCGACCUUUACUACAUUGAGCCUGUGGACAUGGUGGUCCGAACUUGGGUGAACCAGUCGUCAGAAAUACCUGUUUAUGAGUACCAGUUUGAUUAUAAAGAUGAGAACAGUCUUCUCGGGAGGUUCGAAGGUGUAAGUCAUGCCAUGGAAUUGGGGCUAAUAUUCUACCAGCCGUAUCGUAACCCUAAUCUGAACAAGACAUCUGACGAAGACAUCACUAGGACAAACAUGAUCAACAUGUGGACAAAUUUUGCCAAGACAGGGAACCCGACGCCGACGCCGGUGGGCGGCGUGACGUGGCAGCCGUACAGCAGCGACGCCGAGCGCAACUACCUGGUCAUCGACGCGCCCAUGGCGGCCGCCCGGGACGUUUACGGCAGCAGGAUGGACUUCAUGCACUCGCUGCUGCCUCUCACCUGGCCCUGACGCCGCGUGGGGCACUGUUGCUCCGGGACUGAUCGACUUAGAGCUCUUUCUCUCUGUCUUUCAGCAACACUGUGCAAAACUGUUUUUC